UUGAGCACCGGGCAACGCCCGGUCGGGUUGUGCGCUCUCCACACAGCCCUCGUCCGAGCCUUGAAAGCUGGGACUAACUCCUCUCAGUGAGGAGGCGGCGGCCUCGGAACCCAGGCCCAGGAAGGGCUUGAGAGCCGGAGGCCUCUGUCUGAGGGAAGUGGGGGAGGGGCGCUGCCCGCCUCAGGUGAUUUGGGCGGGUCAAUUCUGAGGCAUUUUUGUGGGUCAUUGUGAGGUAAUUUGACCCACUACCCUGAGGAGAUUGGGAAGGGAGCACGCAGUAGGUUGGGUCUGGGCUUUGGAAACAGAAAUCAUCACCAGCGCUUACGAGACCAUUCAGUUGGGAGGUGGUGAAGCCGGAACUAACGCCAUAUGCACUCCAUCGACUUCAUGGCCGCCAGCCUGGGGCCUAUUUAAGAACCCUGGGAUCAUUGGUGGUGAAGAAAUGGGUGACUGUCCAGUUUCAUGACAGAAGUUGGUAAAUUUCCGGAUUGGUAAAUUUUCUGAUCGGAAAUUUAGAGGAGCAAAAAAACUUGAAGAACGUGAAGAUGGAGCAGUAAUAAAACCUCCAACUCCCAAUACCAUCUACUCCAAGACCAUCUACAUUCAACUCUUUGAACUAUCGCAACUGAAUGCUAAAGCUCUUUAAGACUACAGAUUUAUAACAGUUUUUUCCAGAAUAUUACAUCACAGUCAUUAAGAAGAUAAAAAAUUUAAAAGCGAAAUCAAUUGUAGUGUUAGACAUCUCUUAGAAUAUAUUUUGGAUAGAUACUAGGUAACCUUGUUUAACGUAAGGAGCACAGACUUAACCAAACCUUUACUGGAAGGAAUCCUGCAAAAUCUAUUCCAUUGUAAGGUUGUAUUUCCCAGUUAGUGGGUGAAGGACUGGAGACCUCACUGCACUCAUGGCUUUCACAAAUUACAGCAGUCUGAAUCGAGCUCAGCUAACCUUUGAAUAUCUGCAUACAAAUUCAACUACUCAUGAAUUCUUGUUUGGUGCUCUUGCUGAACUGGUUGAUAAUGCAAGAGAUGCGGAUGCCACCAGAAUAGAUAUUUACGCAGAAAGGCGAGAGGACCUUCGAGGAGGAUUUAUGCUUUGCUUUUUGGAUGAUGGAGCAGGAAUGGAUCCAAGUGAUGCUGCCAGUGUGAUCCAGUUUGGGAAGUCGGCCAAACGAACACCUGAGUCCACCCAGAUUGGGCAAUAUGGGAAUGGGUUAAAAUCGGGCUCAAUGCGCAUUGGGAAGGAUUUUAUACUCUUCACCAAGAAGGAAGACACCAUGACCUGCCUCUUUUUGUCUCGGACCUUUCAUGAGGAGGAAGGCAUUGAUGAAGUGAUAGUCCCAUUGCCCACCUGGAAUGCUCGGACCCGGGAACCUGUCACAGACAACGUGGAGAAGUUUGCCAUCGAGACAGAACUCAUCUACAAGUAUUCUCCCUUCCACAAUGAAGAGGAAGUUAUGACUCAGUUCAUGAAGAUUCCUGGAGACAGUGGAACACUGGUGAUCAUCUUCAAUCUCAAACUCAUGGAUAAUGGAGAGCCAGAGCUAGACAUAAUCUCAAAUCCAAGAGAUAUCCAGAUGGCAGAGACUUCCCCAGAGGGCACGAAGCCAGAGCGGCGCUCCUUCCGUGCCUAUGCUGCCGUGCUUUAUAUUGAUCCCCGGAUGCGGAUCUUCAUCCAUGGGCACAAGGUGCAGACCAAGAGGCUUUCCUGCUGCCUAUAUAAGCCCAGGAUGUACAAGUACACAUCAAGCCGUUUCAAGACUCGUGCAGAGCAGGAGGUGAAGAAAGCUGAGCAUGUAGCACGGAUUGCUGAGGAGAAGGCACGGGAGGCAGAGAGCAAAGCUCGGACCUUAGAAGUUCGCCUAGGUGGAGACCUCACGCGGGACUCCAGGGUGAUGUUGCGGCAGGUCCAGAACACAGCCAUUACCCUGCGCAGAGAAGCUGAUGUCAAGAAGCGGAUCAAGGAGGCCAAGCAGCGAGCACUUAAAGAACCUAAAGAACUGAAUUUUGUUUUUGGGGUCAACAUUGAGCACCGGGACCUGGAUGGCAUGUUCAUCUAUAACUGUAGCCGCCUGAUCAAGAUGUAUGAAAAAGUGGGCCCACAGCUGGAAGGGGGCAUGGCAUGCGGUGGGGUUGUUGGGGUUGUUGAUGUGCCUUACCUGGUCCUGGAACCUACACACAACAAGCAGGACUUUGCUGAUGCUAAGGAGUACCGGCACCUGCUGCGGGCGAUGGGGGAGCACCUGGCACAGUAUUGGAAGGACAUUGCCAUUGCCCAGAGGGGAAUCAUCAAGUUCUGGGAUGAGUUUGGCUACCUCUCUGCCAACUGGAACCAGCCCCCAUCCAGCGAUCUACGUUAUAAGCGCCGGAGAGCUAUGGAAAUCCCAACCACCAUCCAGUGUGAUUUGUGUCUGAAGUGGCGAACCCUCCCCUUCCAGCUGAGUUCUGUGGAAAAAGAUUACCCUGACACCUGGGUUUGCUCCAUGAACCCUGAUCCUGAGCAGGACCGAUGUGAGGCUUCUGAACAGAAGCAGAAGGUUCCUCUGGGGACAUUCAGAAAGGACCUGAAGACACAAGAAGAGAAGCAGAAGCAGCUGACAGAGAAAAUUCGCCAGCAGCAGGAAAAGCUAGAAGCCCUGCAGAAAACCACACCUAUCCGGUCCCAAGCUGACCUGAAGAAAUUGCCUUUGGAAGUGACCACCAGACCUUCCACUGAGGAACCUGCACGUAGACCUCAGCGACCUCGGUCACCUCCUUUACCUGCUGUGAUCAAGAAUGCCCCCAGCAGACCCCCUUCCCUGCAAGCUCCCAGGCCAGCCAGCCAGCCCCGAAAGGCUCCUGUCAUCAGCAGUACCCCAAAGCCUCCUUCCCUGGCAGCUCGGGAGGAGGCCAGUACAUCCAGGCUGCUGCAACCACCCGAGGCACCCCGAAAGCCUGCUAGCACACUGGUUAAGACUGCGCCCCGGCCCACCCCUGUGGUGCAGCCACUGUCACCAUCUCUGCUACCCAACUCCAAGAGCCCUCGGGAGGUCCCAGCUCCCAGAGCCAUCAAGACUCCAGUGGUCAAGAAGCCAGAGCCACCCAGUAAACUCUCCCCAACCACUCCUGGUCGGAAGCGGACUCUUGGGGUCUCUGACGAAGAAGAAGCUGAGGAGGAGGCUGAGAGGAGGAAGGAGAGGUCUAAGCGGGGCAAGUUUGCUGUGAAGGAGGAAAAGAAGGACUUGAAUGAGCUCUCGGACAGUGCUGGGGAAGAGGACCCAGCUGAUCUUAAGAGGGCUCAGAAAGAUAAAGGGUUGCAUGUGGAGGUGCGUGUGAACAGGGAGUGGUACACAGGCCGCGUCACAGCUGUGGAGGUGGGCAAACAUGUGGUGCGGUGGAAGGUGAAGUUUGACUACGUGCCCACAGACACCACUCCGAGAGACCGCUGGGUGGAGAAAGGCAGUGAGGAUGUGCGGCUGAUGAAGCCCCCUUCUCCGGAGUACCAGAGCCCCGACACGCAGCAGGAGGGCAGGGAGGAGGAGGAGGAGGAGGAGGAGGAGGAGGAGGAGGAGGUGGUGGUGGCCCAGCAGGCUGUAGCCACGGCAGAGCCCUCUACUUCUGACUGCAUCCGCAUAGAGCCUGACACCACUGCCCCGAGCACCAACCACGAGACCAUUGACCUGCUUGUCCAGAUCCUCCGGAAUUGUUUACGGUACUUUCUGCCUCCAAGUUUCCCCAUCUCCAAGAAGGAACUUAGUGCUAUGAAUUCAGAUGAGCUAAUAUCAUUUCCUCUGAAAGAGUACUUCAAACAGUAUGAAGUGGGACUCCAGAAUCUGUGCCAUUCCUACCAGAGCCGUGCCGACUCACGGGCCAAGGCCUCCGAGGAGAGCCUGCGCACUUCUGAGAGAAAGCUCCGAGAGACAGAGGAGAAGCUGCAGAAGCUGAGGACCAACAUCGUGGCGCUCCUGCAAAAGGUGCAGGAGGUGAGCCAGGCAGCCCUCUCAUUGCAGCUGGACCACCUGGUGUCUCAGGGAGGGGGGCCUGGGCACCUCCUGCUCCCUUCUCCCCACUCACAGGAAUCUGUGGUUCCAACCCUGGCUGCACAGCAUCCUGACCAGGAGGGCUGGAGGUGGUGCGGCUGCCUGGGCCUCAUCCCAGCCAGACCCACGGACAUAGACAUCAACACAGAUGAUGAGCUGGAUGCCUACAUCGAGGACCUGAUCACCAAGGGGGACUAAGGGGCUCAGAGACAAAGAUCAGCUCCUCUGCCCUUCAAGGCAGAGUUCUCGGGGUGGGGGGAGUGUUUUGUUCCUGGGUUGGUGGACUUACCUUGAUUUGACUCACAUGAGACAUUUGUGCUUUUGAGGGAAAAAUACUCUGAUUCUUUGAAUCUUCCUCCCUAAGUUUAUAAAUAUUUAUUUUUUAAAAGAAAAAAGAUGCUGCGCCUGCUAUGAGACCAUACAUUUUUCUUUUGGUGACUCUUGGGCAAAGGACAGAGAACCAGGAUGCCAAGUUCCUUCUCUUGGCUCCUGGCUCCUCAAGAUAUGGUAAACCCAGUGUCAUCCAUAAGUCAGAGAGGCUUCAGGGGCAGGGCUUAGCUCUUCUAGAGGAUGAACAGUGUUGAUAAGGGAAAGAGCCCUCCAGAGUUGUGCUUCUCCUAGGGGCUCUGAUCUGGGGGACCCCUGGGGGCAGUGGAUCAGGAUAGAGGCUCAGUGCUGAGCAGCUCCCUUCUCAGGGACAUGAAUGCUGGCCCAAGCAGCUGUCAGUCAUGCUGUGGCAUUGUCCAAACAGCUUGGGGAAGAAAGAUCCUCCCAUUCAAUUCCCCCAUCCACCGUUCAAGUUCUCCCUGUGGCAGUGAUUUCCUCAGUUAACUAUGGAUAGUGAGGUUUCCCACCUCAAAAACUUGAGUCCAGAUUGAGUAGUAGAUCUGACUCUAGUGGAAUACACACUGAAUGAAUGUUUGAAUUCCAAAGGAUUCUUUUUGAGAAAGCUCCUUAUGACAGAGCCCCUGGUGCUGAUCUGGUGGUGACCUCUGCCUGUGGGUUUGGCAGGGUCUGGAGGGAGCACACUGCCUCAGAUGGUGCUGGCUGAUCUGGAGAGCCUGCUGCUGCUGUUUUUACUGUUUCCCCUCUGCCUGGCCUCACCGGUCCCUGCUCUAGGCCAGAUAGGAGAGGGGGUCACUGAGCCACAGGGACUCCAGAGGCAGCUUUGUAGGAAGCACACCAUGCCUUCCCUCCCAUCUAAUCACAGCCUCACGCAGCUGUGUCCUUCAAGUGACUUCUCAGGGUCAAAGACAAAGGCAAGAGUUGCUGUUUCUCUUUAGUGGUCAUUGGAAAAAUUCUGGUUUGAUUUCCCCCAACUCUCUUCUCUCUUCUCUAUAGUUGGGGACUUUGGGUUUUCUAGAGGCACAAGAACUAUGGCCUGGUACCACUGGUCUGUGAUUCGAACCUUUCUGGGUGUGUUUCUGGCAUCUACCCACUCCAGGUCAACAGUGGCCCACAUGCCACUUUGUGGCCUCUGCAGAAGACUGGGAGGCACUGGUGAGGGAAGUCUUUACCCACUUCUGCACGUGUCCAGAAGCACCUGCAAUUUGUGGGUUUGGGGCUUCCCCAAACCACAUCCCUGUGGCAGGGUUAUUUGGGGAAAUACCACUCAGAACCUGGUCUCUUCCUCUGGAAGAUUCUCUGAGCCUAGGGGUUUCUUGAGCUGGUGAUUCCUCUCCUGUCCACCUCGCUCUCUUCAUCCCAGGCAGCAUGUGGUUCAUUUUUGUCUCCAAACCUACUGUUUUAAUCUAAAGGAAGUUGGUUCUGCAUUUUUACCAGAGGGUAAUACCCAAGUUUUUUAUUUACAUACCUGUAAUCAAAAUGCAAUACUAUAAAACUUUUACUGGUG